AUGGCCGUGGCUUUAGCGUCGCCGUUACCGGGGGGCCAUCAUCAUGAACAUGUCGUGAUCCAUGUACCUUACAAGGUGCACACGAUUCAUCAUCAUCAUGUGAAGAAAGUGCAAGUACCGGUACAUCACGUCGAGAAGGUAUCCGUUCCCGUUCCGUAUCCGGUGCAUCAUGUCGAGAAGGUACCUGUCCCAGUACCUGUGCAUCACGUGGAGAAGGUACCUGUACCUUACCCGGUUGUAGAGAAGGUUCCCAUACCUGUUCAUGUACCCGUACAUAUACCCGUACAUGAGGAGAAGCCACAUGGGGGUUGGUUUUAG